UAUCCCUUUGAAUCUUGUGGAGUUGGGAAAUCCCUUCUCUUGUUCUUCCUGUUCUUUCUUCUUUCAAGUUAUCCCAUCAUUUUUAUCGCAUUUCAAAUCUAACCUCCAUUAACUCUUAUCUAUCAUCUAUUUUCCCUUCCAUUUUUAAUCCCCAACUACCCUUGUUUUCCGCUCACUUGUUCUUCUUUGCAUCUUCAUAGAUCUCUCCCAUCUUCCUACUAACUUUUUCCCCCACUUCUCCUCUUCGAUCUGUUCUUCCCACUUCCCAUUUCUCCCAUUUUGUAAUGGGGUGGCCUAGUUUUUCACCUCUCAACUUUCAGAAAUUGUUCUUCUUUUCAGUUUGAAGAAACCCAUUUCUGUAUUCCUCCUCAAAAGUUCUGUAGAGCUGGAGAAACCUUCGGUGCCCAUUUCUCUGCAAUUAGGGUUUUAUGGGUUAUUCUUUUUGAUGAUUUUGAGGUAAUAAUUUCUGGGUUUUUCUUUUUUUCGUUGGGGGUGUGAUUAUUUGGAAUGGAUUAUAGUGGGGGAAACGUGGUUCAUGUAAUCCCUGGGACGAGCAGUGAGAAUUGGCCAGGGGAAGUUUGGGCUACUGAAGAUGAAUACAGAGCUUGGAACAAUGGUGGUGAUGGGUCUGUUGAUACGCCUUCUAAUUCGAGUUAUGAUCAAAGACAAUCACAAAGCCGGUCUGGAAGCGAACCCCCAAAUAAGAAAUCGAGAAGCUCACAGGAUGUUACGUCUUCAAAUCGAUCAAAAGCGAUAGGAAAAAUGUUCUUCAAGACGAAACUCUGCUGCAAAUUCCGCGCUGGAACUUGCCCUUACAUCACAAAUUGCAAUUUCGCUCAUAGCAUUGAGGAACUCAGGCGGCCACCACAUAAUUGGCAGCAGGAAAUUGUGGCCGCCCAUGAGGAAGAGAAGGCGGUAUUGUCAGAGCCAAGGGAGGAAUUUCAAAUUCCUUCACUUGGGACAUCGAAUUUUGGCUCCGAAUCACAGAGGUCAUAUAAAGGUCGGCAUUGCAAGAAGUUCUACACAGAGGAGGGCUGUCCAUAUGGGGAUAGUUGUACGUUUCUUCAUGAUGAGCAAUCGAAGAAUCGAGAGAGUGUAGCGAUAAGCUUGGGUCCUGGUGGCUACAGUGGUGGUGGUGGUGGUGGUGGUGGUGGUGGUGGUUCUUCAGGAAAUGGAUCGAACACGAAGCCGUCGAAUUGGAAAACAAGGAUUUGUAACAAGUGGGAGUUGACAGGCUAUUGCCCAUUUGGGAACAAAUGCCAUUUUGCUCAUGGUGCUGCUGAAUUGCACCGUUAUGGCGGUGGGCUUAUGGAGACAGAAAGUAGAGACUCUUCAGCUGCUCCUCCUGACCCAAAGCAGGGUGUAUUGCCGAAAGCUCCUGGUGAUACUGUGGUUGCUUCUGUUCCUUCAGUACCUCAUUCGGAUGUUUAUCAUGUUGUGGCAUCACAAAGGUCAACCAUUGUAAUUCAAAGGCCAGGGCAGAGAACUCAUCAGAAGUGGAAGGGUCCCGAUAAAAUCAGUAGGAUAUACGGUGAUUGGAUCGAUGACAACGAAUAAUAUGGUAUCCAAGAAAUCGCUCAACGUGAAUAACAAGAACUUAAAGUUCCAUAGUUUAACAGGCACGAUGAUGGACUUGGUCUCUCAUAAGCAUUGGGCAGAUGAAGAUUCUGUUUGUUCGAGUUAAAGUUCGGUUGGUUCUUUUCUUAAUCUCGUUCCCAAUCUACUUCAAUUCCGAUCUCCGAAAAAUUUAAAGCAUAUGGCCUUUAUCUGUUAAGAGUUGUUAUUUAUGUAGUUAUGUAAUCCUUUUCAUUGAAAGAAAAGAGAAAUGUAUGAAUGUCAUCACCACCUUCCUUCUCAGUUCAUCAUUGAGUAAUUCUUAUGUGUUCUGGGAAAGUCCUUAACCUUAUUGUAAUUGGGAAGAUGAGUCCUUCAAAUGAGGCAGGCAGCAAUUUUUAUACACCGACAUUGUGAUUGCUGAGGUUUCUCCAUUGUAGUGUUGGUAGUUAGACUGUUACAUUGUUUCCCCUUUUUUGUAUAAUGUGUUGUAGGUUGCAAUAUUCUCGUUAGGGUUAUCGUUCAUCGUUCAUAUCUUAUUUCCCUCAUUUGUUGUGUCUUCUGUUUUAGCCGAUGAACAUCAAACGAUACAACUUCAGCUUGCUGAUGAUAUUGCAUUCUUUUGCCCUUUUCUCUUUU